GCCGGCGUGAUUGUGCUCAUUACGCACAGCACUCGUGCAGUCUAAAAGCAGCGAUUUUCAGCCACAACAUAUCUGAAGAUAUUUGUUUGUGUGCGUGUGUGUACAUUCUACACAAUAGUACUAACAUGAAUACAUGACUAAAUGUACACCCGGACGGACGACGUGGCCUCGACGCCCGAUCGUGUCCGCAGCUUGUUUUAUGCCAGCGGUUCGACUAUAACCAGCGUUUAAAUUCCAGCGGUUCGAGACCAGCGGUUGUAUACCAGCGGUUCGAUACCAGCGGCCGCCCGGAUUAAUACUGCUGGUGUUUUAACCAUUAAUACAGACGUCGUCCGAAUCACCGUGGAAGUUAAAGAUCCCAUCACAAUCUAACUUUGAAAGAUGAUCCGCAGAUUGCUCAGCUGGAUUAUACGUAGCAAUCAUCGCUUUCCAACGUUAACACCUUUUGGAGGCAGGACUCUCCUAUGGCAUGAGACUUAGUGAAAGUUCCUUGGGUAAACAAGAGUAAUAAUAAGAAGAAGAAUCAAGUCAUUGCCAAUCCACUGCUAGAUAAAGGCCACUUCAUGCUGUGUCUAUGAAGAAAUUCGUUUUACCAUACUUCACCACGCUGGUCAAUGGGGAUUGGUAAAGGGUGGGGAAGGGUGUAAAUCGCUGCUGCUGUUAUCCGUGGCCAGGAAUCAAACUCAGGUUGUGUGAGUUCAUAGCGCGGUGCGCUAACCACUGGGCCACCCCUCCAUUCUAUGAAUAUGAAAUAUUAAUUAUGCACAUACAGUAAUGUAUUUCAGCAGCGCAGAUCCUAAACGAGUGCUCGGCAGUAGCGGGGAUCAUUCAAGGCGCUCGCGAUGCUUUGCAGGACCGCGUUAUUAGAUCGCACACGUGCGGUUUUAUCCACGGCUAAUCAACGACCGAACCCAGCGAGGGUCAAAGUGUUCCUGGCGUUUCGUCAGUCUCCGUGUGGGCAAUGCGUGGGCGGGUCAUUCGAAGAGAGGAACGGACACCGCACGCUAAUUGCAGGCGCGACCUUCAUCAUAACCAUCUGAAGCAUCGGCGCAUCAACAACACAAAAACACAAAAAACUGCUCAUUUGGAAUCGGUCGACCCGACUCGCGUCCGCUCAGCCAGCAUCGGAUGAGCGCGCAUCGCCUCCGCGUUUGCGCAUUAAGUCUCUCUCUCUCCCCCUCCUCGAGGAGUCCCAGCGGUGCCGCUCCGCGCUCUUCACGCGGCGAAAAUCGCCGCUCUCACGACACGAGACGGCAGCGCAGCCGCGGCAAAUGAACACAACGAACAAACACAGUCAUUGCAAUUCCACACUCCACGUGAGUCGCUCGCAGACCCACGCUCGCGCAUCCAGUGAUUGCGCGCACCUCCAGUCAUUGCGCGCACAUUAGCGGCGCGGCUCUACUUGUGCUCGGGGCCACGAGGAGGCUGGACGAGAGCGAGCGUGCGUCACCGCGCUCAAUCUGAGAUCCGAGUUAGACUCCACCGCCUCCUCCUCCUCCUCGGAGCCGUCACCUCGCGUCCUGUACGAGGCUCGCGGGCAGAAGCUGCGAGCGGGCGUCUUUACGCGUUCCUGCACUCGAGCCAUGGCAGCCGAGCCCUGCAGCGCGUACUACGCGGAGCCUUGGGACGGCACCGCGCCGCCCACGGGACAGCUGAACGCCACGCACUGGCCCCCGGGUUGCGACUACGGGGGGUACGACGUGGAGGACGAGAACGGGGCGCAGGGGCCCGGAGACCCGACGCUGCCCACGGCUCGCCUGCUCAUCGGCGUGGCGUUGGGCACCACGAUGCUCGUCUGCGGCGUGGGUAACGUGCUCUUCUGCGUGGCGCUACUGCGCUGCCGCCGCCUGCGCAACACCACGAACCUGCUCAUCGCCAACCUCGCCGUGUCUGACCUCGUGGUGGCCGCCGUGUGCUGCCCCUUCGAGCUGGAGUACUAUGUGGUGCGGAGGCUCACGUGGAGCCACGGGCCCCGGCUCUGCGCAGUGAUCAACUACGUGCGUGCCGCCUCGCUCUACGUGUCCACCAAUGCGCUCCUCGCCAUCGCAGUGGACAGGUACUUGGUCAUUCUGCGGCCACUCCAACCCCGCAUGGCCCGGCGCACCACGGCCGCGCUGCUGGCCGCCGUGUGGGCCUUGUCCGCGCUGCUCGCGGUCCCAGCCGCGCGUUUCUCCACGGAGACGGCGCUGCCGGCCGCGAGCCCCCGCGACCCCGUGCAGCGCAAGUUCUGCGGGCAGAUUUGGCCCGCGCAGAGCGCGCUGCUCUACAAGUCGUACUUCCUCACCGUGCUCAGCGCGCAGUUCGUGGCGCCCGUGCUCGCCAUGAGCUUCUGCUACGCGUGCAUCGCCAAGGAGCUGUGGUUCAAGCGCGUCCCGGGCCACCAGACGGAGCAGGCGCGUCGCCGGCUGCGUUCGCGGCGGCGCGGGGUGGUGGCGCUCGUAGGACUCCUGGGCGCUUUCGUGCUCUGCUGGGCGCCCUUCUACGGCUUCGCGCUGGUGCGCGACUUCUUCCCCGCGGUGCUGCUGCGCCAGCGCCACUACAUCACCGUCUUCUACGCGGUGCAGUGCGUGGCCGUGAGCAACAGCGCCGUGAGCACCGUGCUCGUGGUGGUGACGCUCAAGCCAGACGCUCUGCUCGCGCACGCGCUGCGGCCCUGCCUGCGACGGGGGCCGAGCGGCCGCGCCGCGGUGCCGCCGGCCCCCGCGGUCGUGGCCACGGCUUCGGCCACUGCGCCGAGCAGCCCGGCCGGCGUGGAGCUCAAGUGCACGGCGGUGUCGGACGCCUGA